AUCAUGUUUUCACACCUUCUAAUCACACUUCUCUAUAUGAGUGCAGCUGGUCAGAAUCAAAUUAAAAUAACAAUGCAUUAAGAGGAGACAGACACGAAUUAAAUAUACAAGAGAAAGAAAGAAAGAAAGAAAGAAAGAAAGAAAGAAAGAAAGAAAGAAAUAUGGGCUACACAAAACAUUUCAUUCUGAUAUUAUUUUGUGCACUGAUUCGAUUUGCAGAUCUCCAAGAUAAUGAAGAGAUACAGUCCCGGGCAGACACAGAGCUCAGUGUGGAUCAUGUUUCAAAGAGGGCUCUUGCAAGUGCAGACACUCCUCCUAUUACUAUGAUACUUUGCAGUGGUGCGGAACGACUACAGGCUGUGCUGACCCUGGAGCCUGCAUGGACUCAGCUAUUGAUAUCAGACAGUGUUACACUGAGAUGUCAGGUUCCGGGGCAUUACACUGGCUUGACAUUUACAUGGUACAAAGAUGGGAGGAAAGUUCCAGUAAACAAGAGUUAUUACUACAACCAUGACAAAUACACAAUUAGCUCUGCUACUAGAGGCCACAGUGGGAAAUAUACCUGUAAAGGUGAAAGGAGGAGCAACCCAUCGUACUCUAAAACAAGCGAUGCGCUCACACUGACAGUAUCAGAUAAAGACAUCAUCUUGCAGACCCCUCCCCAGCCUGUGUUUGAGGGCGACACUCUAACUCUGAGGUGUCAUUUCCGCUAUAAUUCUCAUAUAACCAGGGUUAUCUUUUAUAAAGAUAAUAAAGAGUUACAGUCCCAGGCUGACACAGAGCUCAGCGUGGAUCGUGUUUCAAAGAGUGACGUGGGCUCCUACAAGUGCAAAGCAUGGCAGUUUUACUCCUUUUACUCUGAUGGCUCUGCAGAGGUGUGGGUGUCAGUGAGAGAGCCAUUCAGCACACCCACUCUGACAAUGAUACCUCGUGCCUCAGUGUGGGAGGGAGAGGAUGUGUCUCUGCAGUGUGGGACUCAGAUAUAUAAACAGGGCACACAGCUGCAGUACCGCUAUAGCAAAGACAAUGAGGAUCUGAGAGGAGCUGGAUCACAGGGUCAGUAUUCAAUCCCAGUGGCAGGGCUGACAGACACAGGGAGCUACCAGUGUGAGGUGGAGGCAGCAGGGACGGGUGUGAAGAGAAGGAGUGAUUAUGUGUCACUGACUGUUAAAGAGAUCCCAAAGGCUGUCCUGUUUCGGGAGCCAGCAGGGGUUCAGAUCUGCGAAUCCAACAGCGUCACUCUGAGGUGUCAGGUUCCAGGGGAGCUCGCUGCCUGGGGUUACAAGUGGUACAAGGAUGGGAGCUCACACCCACUGUACCACAAUGGGGAUGGCAGAUACACAAUCAGCUCUGCUGCUGUGAUCCACAGCGGGGAAUAUACUUGCCAGGGUGACAGGAUCGGCUACCCAUCACACUCAAAAAGAAGCAAUGCUCUUACACUGACUGUAUUGAUUCCUGUCUCCGUCCCCUCCCUGUCUCUGGUGUCGGGAAACAGUGUUGCCACCUCUGGUGACACGCUAACACUGCGGUGUGAGUCACACAGAGGGACCGGCCCAAUCUGGUACAGCUUCCAUCACCGCGGCAACGAGGGGAACCAGAGCAGCAGGCUUUUGUACGGGACCAGCCUGCCCGGGCCAGGCCCAGUCUCCUACAAUCAGACCAUUCUGAACGAGAGUGACUCGGGGCAGUACUGGUGUGAUUCGUUCAAUAACGUGACCCAGGAGAUCAAAGCCAGCGAGCGGAUCAACAUCACGGCUAUAGUGCCAGUGGAAGGUGCCAACCUGACCUCUGCUCUCCCGGAGGGGGGUGUGUGGAAGAACAGCGGGGUGUCACUACACUGUUCUGUACUUCGAGGGACCAAGCCCAGCUACUCCUGGUACCGGAACGGCCAGCAGUUACACAUCCCCGACCACACCACGACUUAUACACUGAGCGAGGGAGGGGCCACGCUGUCCAUCCACGCCAUGCAGGAGCUGCAUGAAGGAACUUACCAGUGCAUCGCAGAGAACCAGAUCACAAAGAGGAGGACGAUUAACAGCACGAGCAACACCGUGGAGCUCAGAACAGCAACUGCCCUGACCCUCACUGUCUCACUGGUGUCUGUCUUCAUCCUGCUCCCUGUGAUCUCAGUCUGCCUGUUCCUCACCCUGAGAGCCCUGAAGAACAACCAGAGCCUCAGAGAAACCAUAGAGAAAUAUGGAGUUAUCAGACAAAAACCUAAAACAUUACAGGAGCAAGCAGCACCCCCUCUGGCUGAGAACAGUCAUGACUGUCCUGAGACCAGCCAAGCAGCUGUAGAGAGGGAGGAUGAGCUGGUCUACGCUGUGGUCGACAUUAAGAAGAAAAGCAAAGUUAAGAGAGGACAGGAACCCAGGAACAGAAAGACCCCACCUCUUGAAUACUGUGUAACGUACGCCAAAGUGAAUCGCAGUGCCAGCAAGAAGACAGAGGGAGAGAGAGAGGAGUGUGUGUACUCCCUUCAGCACGAGGCAGGGAUAGAGGGAAAGAGAGAGGAGGGGAAAGGAAAGAGAGAGGGAGGGAGGGAGAAUGGGGGAGCAUCAGAGGGGAGGACAGAAGGUUUAAUCUAUACCCUACCCAUAAUAGCAAGGAUAGAGGGAGCGAGAGAGAGGGGGAAAGGAAAGGGCGGGAGGGAAGAAUGUUUUUAUUCCCUGCCGAGAGAGGUGGGGGGAGGCAGGGAGGGGUGCAUGUAUCCUGAACCCAGGCAGACAGAGAGAGGGGGAGGGGGUGGGAGAGAAGAGGAGGUGUAUUGUAAUUGCCUCCCCGGUGGGGAUGUACUUACUGCCCAAAGAGAAUUGGGGAAUCCCAGUAGGAUUGGUGAUUAA